GUUUCCUCAUUUGCAAAGGAGAAGAAGCAUUUGUUAUGCCAGGUCAACGUGGUUUCUGUCGUUUUGACUUACCGUUGUAAAAAAGUCUCUACAAUGAAGGAAGCUUGCACUCAGCAGCAUCGUCCCUCUCUUUACCUGCAAGUUUCCUCCCAAGAUGAUCAGCCCUGUCUGCACACAUCCAUCGUUUUGUUUCUUUUGUCGUACUGUGAGUGCAAAUCUUUCAAAGUGUUUCUGGUCUUCACCAAAACCGUCAACUCUGAGUCUCUUAAGAAGCAGCUACCAGACUAUUUGGAAGUUUGUGACAUCCAGUAUGAGGAGCUGCACCCUCUGGUGAAAGGCUGCCGUCUUCCUGCUUGUCUGGAUGAAUCCGGGAAUCUCUGCCGGGCAGGACUCGCUGUGGUACUGAGGCACAUUGUCAACACUACGGUUGUGGCAGACCCAUCCAGGAAUGAUGUUUUGUCUUUGCUGGGCUUUAAGAAGACAUGUCUCAAGGCCUGUGCUGAGGUUAGCAAGUGGACCAGACUCUGUGAACUGGACAUCCCCUCUGCUGUGGAGGAACUCCGUCACAAUCCUUCCAGUCUGGAUCUGCAGCUUCCCCCCUCCAUCCUCACCCUCGAGCAGCGGCUUGCUGAGCCUGUCAAGGUCCACAAUGAUGACAAAAUACGGAGACAGAAACUGAAGGAACAGAGACGGGUGGAAAAUAACAAGUCCAAUACAGAAUCUGAUUCACCACCUGCACUUUCUCACCCAGUCUCUGAUGGACUGGAGCUCAGGACAGCUCUGGCUAAACUGUCUGUGGAUGCAGUUCCUACUUUGACCACCAGGGAGAACUCUGAGAUUAGAAAAGUCAUGACGAAGGAUCUGCCGCCUCUGGAGCAUGUGUUUGCUGAGGGGCUCUUCUUCACUCUGACUGAUGUGGUUCUACUUCCCUGCAUCAACCUAUACCUGGCUUCCCUGCGAGGCCAGGCAGUGACAGCUCUACACCGGCUCCCGUACCUGCAGCGUUGGUACCGACGUGUUCAGGAGGUUCCUGGAGUUCUGCGGGCAGCCAAAGAGUGUGGGAUUGUUCUUUCCAGCCCCGUGGUUCCCUCACAGGCCCAAGCAGACCCACCAACAAGGGAUGUUUCGUCAUGCAUGCAGGAGCAAGAAGAACAGGAGACGACUAAAGAGCCGCCCUUUGUUGGAGGUCCCAGACCCACCAUGGGGAAACUGAAAGAAAAUGGCAUCGAGGCGGAGUUUGCCCCUCAUCCUUGCCCUUCCUGGACCCUUCCAUGGGACAGUCUGCCGGAGGCGAUGAACCCCACUGAAGGGAAAAUGUCAGAUAUCCGCGCAGUCAGGAAGAGACAACAGUUGAAUAACUUGGUUGCCAUGGUGAAGGAGAUGGCCAAGCCUGGAAACACAGUGGUGGAUUUCUGCAGCGGAACGGGUCACGUGGGGAUUGUUCUUGCUCACUCGCUACCAGACUGCCAGGUCAUUCUCAUAGAAAACAAAGAAGAGUCGUUGGUCCGAGCUCAGAAACGCAGUGUUGAGCUCGGACUGAAGAAUAUUGGCUUCAUCCAGGCAAAUUUGGAUUACUUCUCUGGACAAUUUGAAAUUGGGGUGGCCCUGCAUGCAUGCGGCGUAGCUACAGACAUGGUGAUGGAACACUGCGUCCAAGUGGGAGCGGCUUUUGUGAUCAGCCCGUGCUGCUACGGCUUCAUCCAAAAUGCGAUCAAGUUCUCUUUCCCCAGGAGCAAAAGGUUCCAGGAGACUCUGAUGUAUAAGGAACAUAUGAUUCUGUGCCGCUUCGCAGACCAGACAGCUCCACAGCUUCCUCCUGAGCGGCGACUCAUAGGUAAACAGUGCAUGGGCCUGGUGGACUUGGACCGCUCCUGGGCCGCUGAGACACAUGGGUACUCGGUGAAGGUUCUGACUAUGGAGCCCGAGAGCUGCUCGCCUAAGAACAACAUGCUGAUUGGUCGGCCCACUCAGUUAAACUGAGGACCUACUGAAGACAUGAAUUUUAAUUCUCAUUUUAAGUUGUGAUUUUUAUUUGUUUUUAAUAAUUACGAAAAUGACUUUUUUCAAU